UGGCUACAAAAAGACCUUCAAAUUGAUCUGAUUCUGUAAAGAUAAAAUGAUUCAUGAUCAUAUCGUUCUGUGCCAUUGGAAGGAUCUUAUUUGGUUUCGGAUACAUGAACAGAACAGCCGCCAUCAGAGGCGGGAACAUUCUGGCGGGGGCCUUAUAACGUCCCUUUCUUCCUUCUCAUCCUUCGAAACUCGAAUUCACAUGGGGUCGUUUUUUCUCCCAUUUUCCCUAAUUUAUUUUUGAACAAGCGAGUCGGCUUCUUCUUUACUUCUCGUUGCUCUGCUUGUUCAUAUAUACUUCAUCGAUCAGAAGGAUUUAACACGGUCCACGAGUUCAAGUUUUGAGUCUCCCACUUUCCCUCUCUGUUUUCCUUAUGAAUAUUCUCGGGAAAAUUCUCAGUGGUUGGUAGGUUGGGAAAAAUGAUGACGAAAUAAAGAAAAAUAAAAAGGAUAAAUCUACUUUUUGGCGGCGAAAAAGAAGAAGAAGAAGAUGGCGGAAACGCGGGAAUCCGAAGACGGGUCUGGUAGUAUCUUGUCUCUGUCUCUCUUGUCUCUGGGCUCUGUUAGACUCUUCUCUUAAAUUGUCUCUACUGCAGGCAGCCUCAUCUAGAAGAAAAGGAUCCUGCAUAAUAUUGGGCGCUAUCGUAACAGUGUUUGAUUGAAAAUAUGAUUGGUUGAAUCAAGGAAAAUUUUUCAAUGUGUUGAAGGAAGUCCACGUGAACCAUGAAACUAGAGGGUGAGCUCGUCUCUUGCCAUCCAAAUAUUUGCCUUGAAACUAAAAAUCAGUCCUUUGAAUUCAAUGAUAGUAAUCCAAACUCCAUCCUAUGCAAAUCAAGAAGCGAGAAAGUGAAGGAAAAUGACGGAAGGAUUUCCUUUGAUUUAAAGAGUAAUGAGGGGAAUCCAAUUCCAAUACAAUAUGACAUGGAGGGGGAGGAAGGUUUGAUUGCUUCAAAAUUUGUUUGCCCUACAGGCAUAGUUGAUUUGAAACAUAAAGAUGAAGCAAAGGCCCAGAACUUUGUUGAACCUGUCUCUCAUUCUUCCCAAGAUAUAGAAGCAUCUGAUGCAAAAAGGCCCCAUGAUGUGUGGAUCCAUGAUUCUCCAGAAGAGUCAGAUUCAUGUGAGAAUUGUGAAGAUACCUAUUCUGAUGAAUAUGUGGCAGAAAGUCAACCAGAAUUGAUAGUAUGUUACAAAGAAAGUAAUUGCCAUUUUAUUAAGGAUAUAUGUGUUGAUGAAGGAGUCCCUGCCAUGGAUAAGGUCCGGUAUGAGAAUAGUGUUGAUGAAAAGGAUGUUUCUAAAUUAUUGCCUUUUGAUCCUUCAAGAACAGAAGUGUCAGAGAAAGACAACAGCAAGAUUAAUGUGCCUUUACCAGAUGAUCUAGAUUUAUCAAUAACCAAGGAAUCUGGCAAGGUUCCUGCUAAACAUCAUCAGUCUGAGGAUUUGAUUCAGAGGGAUGAGAAUGCUACUGAAAAUUUUGCUGAUCAGAACAAAGAAAUGGUUUUACCUGGUGGCACAUUUUUGUUGCAAGAGAUAGAACCAGAAGAAGCUAAGCCUUUGCGUGAUAAGGGUGAUGAAGUUGAACUCAACCAUGCGGAGGUCUGUAGCGAGCCUGAAUCACACUCCAAGCAUGUAGAAUCCAAAAACAGGGCUGGGGAAGCAGUAUUGGCUAACCCUGCAGUCAAUGAACUGGAUAAUGAUAUCCUUGUCAGAGAUAGCUACUUUGUUCCUUCAGAUUUUGUGGCUUCUUGUAGUAAAAAGGAACGUCACCAAGAUGGUAGCUGUAAAUGUGAUGACUUUCUAAAUACAGCUAAGCCUGAAGAUGGGAGGUCUAUUACAAGUCAAGUUUAUCAUUGCAAUGGCGAGUCAAGUUUCUCGGCUGUAGGUGUAUCUAGUCAUAUAUGUUACUCAGGACCUGUACCCUUUUCCGGUAGCAUUUCGCUUCGAUCAGAUAGCAGCACAACUAGCACGCGUUCCUUUGCCUUUCCCAUACUGCAAUCUGAAUGCAAUAGCAGCCCAGUCAGAAUGGCGAAAGCUGACAAAAGGCAUCACCGGAGGCAGAAGGGUUGGAGGGAGGGCCUUCUUUGCUGUAGAUUCUGAACAAUUCUUUCUCUCUUUUACAGGUUUAGAAUUAUGAGAUAUAUAUAAUAUCAUUGAAUCUCAUGUACAUCUCCGAGAUGUUUAUUGACCAGAAAGGUUAGAACGCUGAGUUUGAGCUCCUUUAUGCAAGCCAAGCCCUGUCCCUCCCCCCCUUUCCUUCCAUCUGUUUUCCUCCUUAGUCUUCAAUAUAUGGUAUAAUCAUUCUCAUCUACAUUAAAGAUUCCAAGUGUAAGUGUAUGAUAAGUUUAGGUUAGUUCAUGUUCCGAAAACUCUCAAAGUAGAAGCGAGCUAGUCAAAUCUCUUGAAGUUGCUGUAAUAAUCUCUGAUAAAUUCUUUCCAUGGCAGAAAGGAGAGGAGCGAAUUAAUCAACAGUGUAUAUUAGUAAUGUAUGAAAUGAGACUGAGAGGAAGGGUUUUUGACUUUUUGUACACCGGAUUUUUGUU